GUUUGAUUAACAGUUUUCUGUAAUGAUUAUACAAGUAACAAUAUCUAUUGAAUUUUAUUUGAACUAGGAAUGAAUCUUAAACGACAAUGAUUUUACUGGUUCUCGAUUCGUAACGUCAACGAAGUUAACACACUAUUACUGUUUGAGGAAGAAAGUUACAAAUAAACACACGUUUAAAAGACUAAUCAAAUUAUCAAUAUGUCUGGUUACACUGGACAAGACAAUUUUUGGGCUCAGCCGGACACUCAGAAUCCUUAUAAAUCCGAGUUACGUUAUUUCGAACCACCUAACCCACAAUCAGAGUUUCAUACUUAUACCACAGAAGAAUUAUCAUCUCAAUACAAUGUUUAUUCGCCUAAAAGUUAUUUAGAUCCAACGCAGGGCUCUUAUGCUGGUGAAAUGUUUUCGCAAGAUGAUUUUACCAAAGGUGACCACGGUUUUGGAGAAGAUGAAGUAGAACCACCGUUGUUAGAAGAACUUGGUAUUGACCCUGAUCGGAUUAUACAAAAGACAUUGGCCGUAUUAAAUCCGUUUCAUAGGAGAGGACAAAUUGAUGAUGCUAAUUAUCUUCUUCAAGAUUCUGAUUUGGCUGGACCGGUUACAUUUUGUUUAGCUCUUGCUGCAUUCCUUCUUUUAGCCGGUUCCAAAGCUCAUUUUGGUUACGUUUAUGGUCUAGCAACAAUCUCAUGUUUAAUGAUGUACAUUCUUCUAACAUUAAUGAGUAGUACUAAUAAUAUUACUUUAUUAUCUGUGGCAUCUGUAUUAGGAUAUUGUUUAUUACCUGUUGUAGUACUUUCAGCGUUUAGUAUUUUUACUACUCUUCGUGGUACAAUCGGUUUAGUUUUCGCAGCUUUGGCUGUGGCUUGGGCAACUUUAUCUGCUUCUCGACUUUUGUCUACCAUGUCUGGAGAAAAUAAUCAGCGUCCUCUUAUAGCAUAUCCUUGCUUUCUUCUUUAUGGAGUGCCAUCAGAUCCUGCACAAGUACAACAGCCCAUUUUAGUUUGCACAGCCCACAUUCAUUGGGAUCCUGAAUUUUGUGAUGUUAAAUUGAUACAAACUAUGAUGUUAAGCAAUGAAUUACGUUCCAUUUUGGACCAAGCUGGCCAGUCUUUCCGACCUGGUCAUAAGCCUGAUUCUUCCAACGUGCAGCUUUUACUUUGUGGCGAUUUUAAUUCCCUACCUGAUUCAGGUGUCAUUGAAUUUCUUACAUCCGGACGCGUUGCAGCUGAUCAUCGCGAUUUUAAGGAAUUAGCUUAUAAAUCAUGCUUACAAAAGAUCUCUGGUUGCGAUAAACCAAAUGAAUUUACACAUUCUUUUAAACUUGCAUCUGCCUACAGUGAAGACAUUAUGCCUUACACUAAUUACACGUUUGAUUUCAAAGGCAUAAUAGAUUACAUUUUCUAUUCUAAACAAAGUAUGGUACCUUUAGGACUGCUAGGACCGUUGAGUGCAGAUUGGUUUAGAGAACAUAAAGUGGUAGGUUGUCCUCAUCCGCAUGUACCAUCCGACCACUUUCCAUUGUUAGUAGAACUAGAAAUGACACCAACAGUAGGAACAAGCAACGGUUUGAUCUCACGCAGGUAGCAGCCGCUGCGAUCUAGACCCAAGUAAUAACAAGGGAAUGAUAUAAAAUAAUAAAAAUAAAAUCUUUAUCACUCCUUCUCUUACUUCAGGCUCUAGUAAUAUCACUCGCAGUCGACUACUAUUCUAAUAGCGAAUAUUACGAAUACUCCACAUUGCCGCACAUUCAACAUGCUGACAGACAUAUUGAUGAAUUAUUCUAAUGACCAGGUGAAGGGAGUCGUGUUGUAAUGCGUUUAGCCCAUGUAUAGUGUAUUGCAUUUUUAAGACCUAACUUCCCAUGUUAAGAGUAACCAUAAAACUCUCUCUCUCUCUCUCUCUCUCUCUCUCUCUCUCUCUCUCUCUCUCUCUCUAUUACCAUCAUAAUAUGUAGAUACCUAUUUUCCUACAAAAAAAAAACAAAUGAUAUUCCGAUCAAGCCUCUGUGAUAUCGUCAUUAACAAUUGGAACAAUUUCACAUAUUUAUUAUUAACUUAACAAGCUAGUAUCUACUAGAAAUCAAAUCCUAAUCUCUUCCUAAAUGUCAUUACAACAUUCUCCAAGCCAACUUUUGAUAAGAAUGCUGCCAUCCAAUGACAAAUUGUAUUUUUAAACGAAAGAAAACAAAAAAAAAAAAAGUAAUGAAAACAUACACGCUAUACUGGGCUGUGCGAAGUGAUCGGAGUUGACUUAACAAUUUCAAUGCAAGUACAAAUCUGUUCUUAUUGGCCACGUAUAUUGAUAAUGAUAAUGUUAUAUAAGGAAA